AUGGUCGCGUCUGCCUCAAAACCCAGAUCGGACAGAGCGAGAGGUCGAGCAAGUGGUGGUGGAGGAGGAGGGGGUGGUUGGGACACUGCUGCUCGAACCGGCGACCGUGGCCCACGCACUGGUUCCCGUUCCAGCGGUGACCGAUACACCGCCCCAGGUGGUUCUGAUCGGGGCUUCUUUGCGGAGGACGCCAGAUCGGAGUUGAAUCCAGCCAGUCGGAAGAGAGCAGACUGGGAAUGCUCUAAGUGUUCUACCCUGAACUUCGCGCGACGAGAUCGGUGCUUCGGGUGCGGCGCUGCGAUGGGCAAAGGCUACCGCACCACGAUACCCACUAACGUGUUGAGAGUUUCGGGCUUGCGUCGGAGUACCACCUCUGAACAGGUCGUACUCGCCCUGAAGCCCUUCGCCCCUGUGAAGGACGCCCACCUCGCCGUCCACCCGACCACGAACGCCUCCCUACGGGCAUGCCACGUGGAGUUCCAGUCCGUGGAGCACGCCCAGCACACGCUCGACACCGCCUCCGUCGAAGGCGACGGCGGCCUGACGAUCGAAGGCGAGCCGGCCUCGUUAUCCUACGCCGCCUCCGGCGCCGCCCCGGCCUCCGCGGCCGCCGCCCUUGCGGCCUUGUCAGCGGACAAUGAGGAAGAGGAGGAGGAGGGGAGGAUAGUCGCCCCGGUGUCGGCCUCCUCCGUCACCGCCCUCAAGGCCUUCCAGGGACGGCAGAACGCCGCGCGGCUGGCGAAGCUCGAGGGCGGCGAGGCCGCCACCGGCGGCGGCGGCGGCGGCGCUGCUGCUGCCGCCGCUAGCGGGGCAAACUCCGAAGCCGCGGCGGCGAGGGCGAGGCGGGCGCGCGUGCACACGGGCUCGGGUGCCGGGAUGGGCUCCCUUGCGCUUGCGUUCGGUGGCGGUGGGCCCGGUAGCGGAGGGGUCGGCGGUGACGCCGGCGGCGGUGGCGGCAGGGGGGCGAUGGCGGUAGUGACUCUGGGAGGGGCUGCCGGGAGCGAAGGAGCUUCACCGGAGGCGGUAUGCGCGGCGCUGCAGAAAAAGCUUAACCCUCCGGAUUGGCCACCGCCCUUCGAGGAAGCAGGAGCAGCGUACCUUUUCGACGGGCCGAGCGGUUACUUUUACGAGUCCACAACCGGCGUGUACUACGACCCGCGGAGCAAGCUCUACUGCAAGGGCAUGGUCUGGUACAGCCACACCCCAGGCCAAGACCCCGCCUUCAACCCCGUCUCACAGCAGGGGGGGACAGAUGCGCGAAGUUCCCUCGCCAAUGGCGCCUCCGAGGGUGUGUCGGUUGGCGAUGCGACAGCGGCCUCGGCGGCGGCGGCGGCGGGGGGGGGGGGCGGCACCGCUACGAACGCGGGAGCGCCGACGAAGGCCCUCGCGGGCGGCAAGCGCGUCGGCGGUGGUGGAUGGAAGAAGUCGUCUUCGCGCCUCGCGUUCGGGUUCAAGGGCGCCAAGCUCGCCAAGGCGGCGGCUGGCGGCGGCGGCGUCGGGGCCAGCGGCGUCCUCGGUGGCGCUGACAGCGACAGCUCGGGAGACGAUAGUGGUGGCGAGGUGGCGGCGGGGGUGGGCAGGGGGACUGUCGGCGGUGGGGUGGGGGUCGGGGGAGCCUUGGCGAAGAAGCGGCAGCUUGAGGACGUGUCCAAGUGGAACGCGAGGAAGCUGGAGGCGCAACAAGGAGAAGGAGGGGGCGCCAGCAACGGCACCAAAGCUGCCGCCCAGCCUUUGCACAUCGCUCCAAGGCGCCAGCAGCAGCCGUCUGCACCACAAGCCACGAUCUCCUACGACCCACCCGCCCCGCUCUUGCCCCCCUUGCUCCCCGAAGUGACUCCCCCACCUCGUGCGACCUCCGGCGGAGCUCGGAUUCUCGAGAGAAAAUCAAGCGGUGUCACAGACUCGGGGGGUGGCGGGGGAGGAGCGGAGGAGGCGGGGAGAAGGCGCGUGGUUCCGGAUGCUCCUCCUUCCGGUGCUGGCGGACGGGGGGGGUCCGGGGUUGGGGAGAGUGAUCCGACGGUCGUGGUGGCGUGUCUGCUCUGCCGCAGGUCGUUUGGCUCGUCGGAGAUGCUCCGCAAGCACGAGAAGAAGUCAAAGCUGCACAAGGAGAACCUCGCCGCAGCAGCAGCGGCGGCAAGGGGAGGGGACGGGGGAGGCCUGCAAGCGUCAGGGGUUGCUGUCGGUGGCGGCAUUCGAUGAACUUCGGUGUAUGCUCCGCUCUUCGUCGACCCCCCUGCAAGGCGUGCGCCCCCUUCGGUAGAUGGUGGAAUGGCUGCUGUUUCUCUCUCGUUGUGGGUGACCAAGUCUGCUUGCGGUUGGGACUGCUGUGUCGUUCGAAGCAAUAGGUUUCAAGUUUUAUCCUGCACCUGUUGCAGGCUGGUGUUGGUGUUGUCGUGUCGCGGACGUAGAAGAAUUGAGAGGGACUAUAUGUGAGGCUUCGUAGGGGUGGUAUUAAUAGUCACCCUCAUCGGCUGUAUCACAGGGGUCAACCUCACCAAUGCCUAUUAUGCUGCAUCGACGAUAAGGACUUAGUUUUCGCGCGCGGUUUGGGCUAGACUAUACCAUAGGUA